GUGCGCCACAAGUACUGCGCGAGCUUGUAUUUCGCGGUCUACACGAUGACGGGCAUCGGCUUCGGCGACAUCUCCGCGACGGGCCACAUCGAGGUCAUCGUCGCGACGGCCAUCAUGCUCUGCGGCGCCGUCUUCUGGGCCUACAUGAUCGGCCAGUUCGUGACCUUGGUGAGCCACAUGGACAUCUACGGCAACGCGUUCCGCCAGCGCAUGGACGAGCUCAACUUCAUGAUGGCCGACAAGAAGUUCCCGACGAAUUUGAAGCGGCGC